AUGUCUUUCAUAAAAGAUGCUUUCGCUAAGGUCAAAACCAACGUUGAGUAUUUUGGUGAAAAAGAUUGGCAUAAUUGGGGUCAAAACCAGAAAUGUACUCCCGCUGAAAUCUUUCGACCUGUUAAUUUACAUGAUUUAAAAACAAUCUUGAAGGAUAUUAAGAUUCAAUAUAAUGAAAAGUUGAAAACUUGGACAGUCACCACAGAAGCAGGUGUAUACCUAAAAGAUCUUGAUGACAAGUUAAGGAAACAUGACCCUCCAUUAACGUUAGAUUCUGCGACCGUAUUGAACUCUGUAACAACCUCUGGCAUUGUAGCAACUGGUUCUCAUGGUGCAAAAUGUGCAAAUUCAAAUAUCCCGGAAAAAGUAAUCUCUUUUCAAAUUGUAACAGCCGAUGGUGAACUUCAUGAAUUUUCUGAUGAAAUAGAUCCUGUUGAAAUGAGUGCAGCUAGAGUCAAUUUUGGUCUCCUAGGGAUUAUAUAUAAACUCACUUUUAAAGUCGAACCAAUGUUUAAUGUGAUAAUGAAAGAUAGCUUUCCGAACAUUACAGAUUAUUGGAAAGCUUCAAACCUCAAAAAUGAUGUAUUGAACAACGAAAGUGUUGAAAUUUUUUAUUGGCCAUUCAAUACCCCUGGACUUGAUGAAAAGAAUGAUAAACUUUGGGUAAAAACUUGUAAAAGAACAGAUUCAAAUGUUACAGUGAGUCAGACCGAGGAGAAAUUGUUGUGGGCCUUCCAAAAUUUUGAACUCAAAUUUGGAGAUCAUCUUUAUGAACAUGUCGCCAAAGUUCCAGAAUCUACUCCAUACAUUACUAAUCUUCUCUUUGCUGUUGGUGUUGAACAUGCAAGUGAAAAGGUUCUACAAGCACCUGAUGCUAUUCAUUAUCAGGGCGGUAUCGAUAACAUUCCUUGUAUGGACCUCGAAUUUACUUUCAAGGUCAAUCAUGUUUAUGAAUUUGCUGCAGAUAACAAGUAUCCAUUAAAUCUUGCAGCAGAAUUUCGAAUUAAUAAGGCGUCCAAAUGUCUACUUGCUUCAACAUAUGAUGAAGAUCCAAAUGCGUAUUACUGCUCACUCGAAGUCUUAUCUGUUAAUGGCACUCAAGGUUUCCUUGAAUUUUCUAUUGAAUUGGCUGAAAGAUGGAUGAAGAAAUAUAAUGGUCAGCCACAUUGGGGUAAAAUGUGGGAACAUGUACCUGAUAUUGUUCCAUAUGCACGUAAACAUAUGGGAAAACGACUGAAUACGUUUGAAAAUGUUAGGGCGAAGUACGAUCCUAAUGAAAUGUUCUUUGACAAUAAGUCUUUGAGACAACUUUUUGGCAAAUAA